AUGGAUGCGUCUAUACUAGGCAUGGAUUUUAUAGAUAGAGCGCCUUUGUCGCUCGAUAAGGAUAGAGUGACGUGUCUACUACUAGUCAACACCCACUUGAUUAAAAAAGCCAUUCAAAUAUACACAAGCGUGAUAUGUAAUCCACAAGUGAUGCAGCAAAUGACCCAGGAGCAGCGAGGCAGCGUGACGAAUUCGUAUACCGGUUGUAUCAAGAGACUUCAAGCUAACUUAACUACGUUGAGCUAUUUGCAUGAAAAGUAUCAUGGUAGUGUGCAACCGCUGCAACCUGGACCUAAAUCGUCUUUCCCCGUGAUUUUGAAUGCUCCUCCAGAUAUGCCUGAGUUGAAUGCCUUGUAUCUGAAGCUUCAAGAGAUGUAUGCUGAAGCUUAUCAAUAUGCGAAAUUUAAAUAUGAGGAGGCGAAGAAGCAGCACAUGUUUCAGCAGCAGCAACAACAGCAACAACAAGCGAUGGGGCUUGUUGGAGGGAUGCUGCAAUCGCCCGGCAUGGCGAUGAGACAACCGUCAUCGAUGGUGAACCCCAUGCUCUCACAACAACAACAACAACAACAACAACAGCCACCACCACAACAGCAACAACAACAAGGGCAAGGACUAAUACCGCCACAGCAGCAACCACAGCCCCCCAUACCACAACAACAGUACCCUCCCGUGCAACAGAAUCUAGCACAACCACCAAUGUCGCAAGUUCCUCCGCCUCAAAUGUCCCAGCCAAUGGUUCCUCAACAGCCCCCCAUGCCGCAGCAACAACAGCCACAACCACAAACGAGCAUGCAGUUUUCGGCCCCGCAACCACUCGAUGACGUCUUGUUGACUGACAACUUUACAAGCUCAAACACGCCUCUUGGAGGAGUGGAUUUCACAACCAAUCAAAAUUUUAACGGUGGUGGGAAUGGUGGCAGUGGCAUUCCCUCUGGUCCCAACUCCGCCUCGGCCGAUCUUAACAGUUUCCAAUUAUCUACACUUUCGCCACAGCAGAUUUUACAGCAAGCUAAUGAAUCGAAAGGCACACCAGAUAAUGACUUUUUAUUCUGA